AUGGCCCAGCUGCUGUCGACGGCCACAAUCACAGCGACGGGGCUCCUUUGCAAAGCAUUUCUCAACUCAGGUCUUUGCUCCAUCACCGUUAGCAAUCUCCACAUACUUCUGGAUGCUAUACGGAAUGAUGACCGGCGGCGACAUGGGCAGGGUCUGGUGACAGUUGCGAAUCACAUCUCUACAUUAGAUGACCCUCUCACAUGGGGAACACUCCCGACGGAACUCUACUUGAACUCCAACACAAUACGGUGGUCGCUUGGUGCAUCAGAUAUCAUGUUUACUAACCCUGUGUUCUCCGCUUUCUUUCGCAAGGGUCAAGUGUUAGAGACGUUUCGUGGAAAUGGAAUCUUCCAACCUUCCGUAGAUACCGCCAUCAAGCAACUUAAUGAAGGGCAUUGGGUGCAUCUUUUUGGAGAGGGAAGGGUCAACCAACCACCCGACUAUCCGCAGACAAAUGGAGUUACUCGCUUGCCGCGCUUCAAAUGGGGAGUGGGACGAAUCCUGAUGGAAACCGCUGUUCCCCCUCUCAUCAUACCGAUGUGGCUCACCGGAUUCGACAAAUUGAUGCCCGAGCACCGCUCAUUUCCUUACAAGUACUUGCCAAAACUAGGUAUCAAACUUGGUGUGACGUUUGGCGAUCCAAUACCAGUUGAGGAAAUAACGGUCGCAUUGAAUGGGUUGCGUCAGGGUUCGACUGUGUCGCACUAUCGUGCGCCCCGUGUCGCAGAAGGUGGUGCGGAGUCUGAGCUCGGUGAUAAGCUUUGUCUGGGUGGCUGGGCUGGUCGCGCAGUUGUGCGCGCUGGAGACCGGACACGACAGAUGGACUUGGUGCGGAGCGAUGUGACUGCAAUCAUUCAACGCGCGGUGGAAUCUUUGGGUAGGCAAGUGUCUGGUAACCAUCUUAACAACCCUCAUUCAUGA